AUGCGUCAGAAAAGAGCUAAGUCAUAUAAAAAACAAAUGCUAGUUUAUAACUAUGCAUUUAGAUUUAGAGAACCAUAUCAAGUUCUAAUAGAUGAUCAACUAGUAUCGGAUUGUCAAAAAUCUCAUUACGAUUUAGUUGGUGGGUUGAAAAGGACUUUGCAGGCAGAAGUAAAACCCAUGAUAACUCAAUGUUGUAUGCAAGCACUUUACUUCACUAAAAAUCAAGAUGCUAUUGAAUUGGGUAAAUCAUUCGAAAGGCGUCGUUGUAAUCACCCACCAAAGGAAGCCAAACCACCACAUGAAUGUAUUCAAAGUGUUGUUAACGUUAAUGGCUCUAAUAAACAUCGUUAUGUGGUGGCUUCACAGGAUGUUACAUUGAGAAGAAAGCUCAGAAAAGUUCCAGGUGUACCGUUAAUUCACAUGUCAAGAUCGGUUAUGGUUAUGGAACCAUUAAGUGAAGCUAGUAGUCGUGUAAAUGAAAUGUCAGAAAGGGAAAAAUUGUUGAAAGGGCUCAACGAUCCUAAAUUGGCUGGAUUAAAGACCACACCAUCAGUAGAGAAUGAGUUGGAAUCAGAAAGCCAACCACCAGCAAAGAAACGUAAGGGUCCAAAAGGUCCGAAUCCAUUGAGUGUCAGAAAGAAGCAAAAGAAACCAGAACAACAAGGACAGGGACAAGGACAAGAACAAGAACAAGAACAUGAGAGUGAACGUGAACACGAGGACGCUGGAAAAAAGAAGAGACGCAGAAGACGUAAGCAUAAAGGUUCACAUGAAGACGGAGAUGGUCAGGAGAAUAGUGCAGGAGAAGUAGAAGCAGAAGAUCGUCCUCAAGAAGAUCGUCCUCAAGAAGAUCGUCCUCAAGGAGAUCAAAACAGUGAUUAA